AUGUUCGUCUUUUACAAGGAGACCUCUCAAACAUUGAAGUACUCACCAAUUAGGAAAAAUAGAAACGCAUCAAGUUUAUUAUUAAGUACUUCAUUAACAGCAUCAGCAGCACAACAUUGUCGCUGCUAUAUUCAUUCAUCUUCACCGCCCUAUUCGGUGCUGAUUUUUUCAGCUGCCGACAUCCUUUUCCGGCUCAUAGAGGGUUUUGUCGGUCAAGUCGAAGACGUGCAAAAGAAUUGUUUCCGUCAAAUUAUGAGCACACGCCAAUCGAAUCAAGAAAAUUCAUCUAUUUUCGACAGUAAUCGAUCACGCCGUCAACAACCAACACCUUCAAAUAUACCUUCAAAUCAACAACAAGAACCACUUAAUUCUUCUCCAUCUCAUAGUGAUCAAGCCUCAAAAGCCUGUUGUUUUUGUUGGUGUUGCUGUUGCUCCUGUUCGUGUCUGGUCUCGUGGCCACAUCAUUGGCAGCCGGAAUCGUUUGAAAUAACAACGAACAAUACCUCAACUAUUGAUUCACAAAUGACUCAAGUUGUGCCUGAACACGUGGCUCGUGCCAAAGUUGUUAGUGGAAAUACGAAUUCUCGAAAAGACAAUAGUACAAGUCAAAAAAAUCGUUCACAACGUUCAAAUUCUGCUACAUUAAGUGCGAUAUCCGUUACAUGUGAUACAGAUAUUUCAACACGAACACGUAAUAAUCAUUCUCAACAAAUUUCAACUAAAAAAUCUCCUCAUUUGUUUACAACAACAAAUAAUAUAGCGGCAUCUCGUUCAACAUCAGCAUUAACAAAUGUUUCUAUUAUACCUCCAAAUUCCUUUAAUAAUCAUCUACAACAACAACAACAACAACAACGUAAAACAUCUAUGUCAGCAGCAUGUGAAAUAAAUAUUAUACAUGAAAAACCAAAUAUAGUUUCAUCAGCAUCAACUAUGUCAAUACCAAAUAAACAUUUGAUUAAAACAACAACUGGUGCUGUUGGCGGAACACUACCAUCAGUUAAAAGUCUAUCUAUAAAACAUAAAUCAACAUCAUUUGAUGAUCAUCGAUCAACACGUGGAAUCGGAAAAAGUGUUCUCGAACAUCUUGUCUUUGUCUUUCCGGAAAAUGUUCGACGAAUACUGUCAGGACCAAAAAAUUUAACCGUGCGCACCGACGAAGGCCGUCCACCUGUUGAACCUAUUGAUUUAGGAGAACCACCAUCGAUCGACGAAGUUAAAAGUUGGUCGGAAUCAUUUGACAAAUUAAUGAUGAGUCCCGCUGGUCGGCAUUAUUUUCGAGAAUUCCUACGAUCAGAAUAUAGUGAAGAAAAUUUUUUAUUUUGGAUGUCUUGUGAAUCUUUAAAAAAUGAACAAAAUCCUGAUAUAAUAGAAGAAAAAGCAAGAUUAAUCUAUGAAGAUUAUAUAUCUAUUUUAUCUCCGAAAGAGGUAAGUUUAGAUAGUCGUGUGCGCGAAGUAAUUAAUAAAAAUAUGGUUGAACCAUCUCCGCAUACAUUUGAUGAAGCCCAAUUACAAAUAUAUACAUUAAUGCAUCGAGACUCUUAUCCACGUUUUAUUAAUUCACAUAUGUACCGGCGAUUAUUACGUAAUGAAGACGUUAAAACUUGA